CCGCCGAUUCAGUUGUGGCCGUGAAGAUGCGCGGGGCGCAGAACAUUUGUCACACUUGCUGGAAACGCAUGCGCGCAGAGGACAGAAACCAGUUCCAGUCAGGUCGCGACAGACGGAUGUGAUCAAGCCACAGAAUCACCUGUAAUCUGGCAUUCAUGGUGACACAUUCAUGGGAUCGGAGCGGGUGGAGAUGCGCAAGAGACAGAUGCAGGUUCAUCAGGAAGCAGCUGCCAGUGUCCUCCAAGCGCGCCACAGAAUGGGAAACACCCCCACCAACGCCUCCAACGCCUGCUGCUUCUGCUGGUGCUGCUGCUGUAGCUGCUCCUGUUUGACUGUGAGGAGCGAGGACGAGACGAUACAGAGGUCCACCCUCGAGCCCAGAACGGACGGAACCACCAGUUGCGAAGAAAGCCCGAAGCCCACCCUGGAGGACGCGCGCUCCUGGACCGUGUCGUUUGAGCGGGUGAUGAAGAGCGCAGCGGGCCGCGGCUGCUUCAGGCGGUUCCUGCGCACCGAGUUCAGCGAGGAGAACAUGAUGUUCUGGAUGGCCUGCGAGGAGCUCAAAAAGGAGACCAACAAGACCGUGGUGGAGGAGAAAGUCCGUCAAAUAUACGAGGACUUCAUCUCAAUCCUUUCCCCCAAAGAGGUCAGUCUGGACUCGCGCGUUCGAGAGGUGAUCAACCGGAACAUGCUGGAGCCGACCUCGCACACCUUCGAGGACGCGCAGCAGCAGAUCUACACGCUGAUGCAGAGGGACUCGUACCCCCGCUUCAUAAACUCCUCCGCGUACACGGAGCUGAUGGAGGGCCUGGAGGAGCCCCCACCCUGAGGCCUCCUGUUGGGAGUCCCGCCAUUUAAAGACACACAGGACCAAUGGACACUACAUAUAAGUGGUCUUUAUCCAGCUGUUAACUGCUGUUUAUUUACCCUCGAUUAGCUUACCGAAAUACUUGGAGCAAACAAGAACAGAAGAAGACAUAUCUAUAUUUUUAUAUAAUCCCUAGCGCUGUACAAUGUACUUUUCUACCUUGUUUAAUGAGGGAGAGCAUGCGUCUGUGAGCACUGCAUUGGUAUUUAGGUAUUUGGGAGCCUUAAUGCAUAUACAGUUCUCGUAGGUUUUAUUUAACAGUAACUCAAGAAGAAGGAAAGUGCCUUGGAAUGAGAUCUUCUACACUAGCACCAUGGGUCCAACACGACUUCCCCGUGUUGGUGCUUUCAGCUCUUCUCAAAGCUAAAAAAGGUUUUUACAAAUCGACGAGCUGACGCCCACAAAUAGAUCUAGUCUGUGUAUCAAUACUGUGAUGAUAGUCUAAUAUAUCUGAUUCAAACAAAACCGAACACACGACUGUGACCACUGAUAUAUUUGUGUAUUAAAAUAAAUGUGUGAAAUAGUUAUUUGAAUUCUCACAAAUUUAAUAAAGCACAUUCGGAUGUUG